UUUUAAUUUGCACUUGAACUUAGCGGCGAGGAUCUCUCUUCAAUGCCAUGUCAAACUCACGUAGUCCAAAUUUUCCAGUCGGAUUGAACAUUCAUCCUUCUUGUUCUGAUUUCCAAUCGAUUCAGGAAGUUGGAUCUUCCUUUGACCUGUACGGGUAUGCUGCUCAGGAGAAAGCCAUACAACAAUAUGGUAUAGCAGGUCGAGUCUGGGAAGCUGCAUAUGCGAUCAAUCUAUACUUGAAUCCACCCCCAAGCUAUCUAUUCGAUCCACCCUUCCUUAAUGCUCCCGAUAAAAGGCCGGAAUUCACGAUAAUUGAGCUUGGUUCGGGGUCAGGGCUAGUGGGAUCUAUUAUUUCACGUUCAAUGACAGAGAAGGAUAUCUUGGUAUUGACCGAUUUACCAGAGGUAUGCUCAUUACUGGAAUCCAACGUCAAAAACUCCAGGCGGGUCGAUGUCAGGCCGCUUGCAUGGGGGAAUGCGGAAGAUGCCAUCAAGAUCGCACGAGAGCUUCUACAAGGUCGAAGUCUGACGCACGUUCUUUGCAGUGAUCUGGUCUAUUUUCCCGAACUUCUCGCUCCGCUACUCCGAACUAUUAUCCAGCUAUCUUCCCCGCCCUUUUCCUGUGCUACGGACUCUGUCGAAGUGAUCGUGUCCUACAAAGUGCGGAGUCUCUUAAAGGAAACGCCAUUCUGGUCUGCCUUUGGCCUGUGGUUUACUUUUGAGCCGGUACUGGAACAACGAGUCUCACUUGAAGGCAUCAAAAGUCAUUGGCGACGUUUCGGGGCUGAUAUGGAAGGACCGAUCUUCCUUUUCGUUGCCCAACGUCGACCGGAUUCCUUCGGAUGGACUGUGCCUCAGAAUGACCACGAGUUACUCGCGGGCGUUGGUGCUCUUGGCACACCCCAUCCCAAAGAAAGCGAUACUUUUGAAAGUUUGCUCUUCAUGACAUUCCAUGGUGAAGAGAGCGAGGAGCGCGUCGAGUCGGACUCAACCUGACAUUAAUGGGAUCUCGGGGCGUAUGAGUGCGGUACCAAACCAGGUAUUUGCAUCGUCGUGAGGGUGAUGGGUUCAGAUACAACUCGGCCUGUAUUACUGCCACUUGCCACGAAACCUGUCACUUCGAAUGGAAGCCAUUCCAGAGUGUACUGGGUAAAGAAUUACAAGACUGGGGAAAGGGCCUUCGAAAAGAAGAAUCGCUUUCACCUGUAUCGCCAAUCGAGGAAAAUUAAAACUCGGCUUUAGCCCCGCUGGUAUCUGCAGUUCUCCCUCCAGAUAUCGGACACCGCUAUUUCGAUUGCUUCUUGACGACCAGAAAGUCGCUUGCCCCACAGCCGUUUUCAGCACAUUGUUCCUCUUUCCCCCUGAGUCGGUGAUCGUGUGCUUGAAAAGAACGAUCCUGAUUGCUGCCGGGUUCGAGAGGAGCCUCAGCAAGUCUCCGUCCCCACUCGUCAACACCAUGGCUAAAGGAAUUGUUGACUUCACCGCGUAACAAAGCUGCCAGGUUGUUCAGAAUAUCAUCACGAGUCCCCAGCGUUUUUGGAGACCUACUGGGACAGCAAUGGCUAGCUGAUGUACAAAGUCCAUUGAUCAGUGUCGGAGUAUCGCUCGGUUACUGGCUUUACGCACUGUACACGUCGCUUCCACCAGGUUUCCACCGUAAAUUCUACCCUUCGUGCUUUGUGGCUGAAGUACAUUCCAUCCUUCAGGGUCCUCGGAAGGUAGGGAAAGGGCACUUGCAUUCCUAUAUGCCAAUUGCCGUCGCGUAGAAGGUGGCGGAGGCACUGAGACGGGCUUGUAAACGAACCCUUGCGAUAUCCUGCCGUCAAAGUUGAAACGGUCGAUUAAGAAAGUCUAUAAACCAGCCAUCCCCCCGACUCACGUUCGAUUUGGCUUGAAC